AUGAAGCUUAACAUCGCUUACCCACGCAACGGUACUGUGAAGCAGUUUGAGGUGGCCGAUGAGGUCCUCCGCCGCGUAAAUCUUGGGGACUACCGCCUUGGCAACGAGGUGGACGGCGUCAUCUUUGGCGAACCCUUCAAGGGUUAUACCUUUAAACUGCAGGGCGGAUCUGACAAGGAGGGUUUUCCCAUGGUGCAAGGUGUUAUGGCCCCAAGUCGUGUCUCUCUCCUUGUGAAGCGUGGUGCUGUUGGCUUCAACACUUUCCGUGGUUAUCAGGGUGAGCGUCGCCGCAAGUCCCUUAGAGGAUGCAUCCUCGCCUCCGAUAUUGCCGUGCUGAACGUUAUUGUCGUACGUGUUGGAGAGCAGCCAAUCGAAGGUGUGACGGAUGUGUCCGUGCCGCGUCGCCUCGGUCCGAAGCGGGCAAACAAAAUCCGUAAGCUCUUUAACCUCGGUCGCACGGAUGACGUACGCAAGUAUGUGAUUCGCCGCAAGGUGACAAAAGAGGGCAAGAAGGACCGCUUCAAGGCACCCAAGAUCCAACGCCUCAUCACCUCCACGAUUAGGGCGCGCCGUGCUAAAAAGGUGCGUGUCGCCAUUGAGAAGGUGCGCAAGUCGGCAGCUGAGCGUCGUGAGUACCUCCGUCUCGUUGGUGCUCGCCGCCGUGCCGCCCGCCAGCGUAAGGCGGCACGUCAUCACUUGACGAGAGUAAAUGCUCAGAAAAAGGAGGUUGCCGCCUUCAAGGCACGGAAAUGA